AUGCCAGGCAAAGCACCAUUGACAGUCUACGCCGUCGUUCUCAUCUCUUUCGAUCAUGCCUUGGGUCCAACCGUCGAAUGGAGCUAUCCACCUUCAAUUUCUGAAGGUGAAGCAAUCAGCGAACAAAUCAAUCGAAACCUUCCUUUCUUAGCCCUUCCAGAUGGUGCACACCUUCAAACCGAAGAUUAUUCUUAUUUUCACCUUUUCCUCCCGCACAUCUCAACCACUUCAACCGUCUUUGGGAUCUCGCAGUUGGCAAUGGUCUUGGCCAACCAACCUGUGUUCGGUUGCAUCCGUGACAAACUUGGCGUUGUGACUCGUGCUCUAUUCGCUCAACGGGAUUUUGCGGAUCGCUCAAUCCUAGAAGACUUUUAUCAUAGCUUGGAAGCUUCAUUUGAGCUUGGUUUAGGCGAGGGAGGCGGCGAAGUCAGGGUGCCAAGUCCGAGCACUGCUCCAUCUGACUCGGCUCCGUUCAAUCAAGAUACGUCACCCAAUGCGCUUGAUAAAGCCUUCGAUACAAAUGCCGUUCAACCAGACAAACUCAGUGCAGCAGCUAUAAAGAAAGGGAAGGAAAAGGAGAGGGCUGGUGAUGUGGCCAUCUACAUGGGCACAAACUUGCGUGAGUUGAUCCAUCACUUUCGGCUCAAGACGUUGCAAUUGGUCAAGCUCUUGAUGCUUCAACGAAGGAUCAUGUUUUAUGGGCAUCCGGUAGAGAGCUUGUGCACCUAUCAAUACUCAUUGGUUUCCCUAUUACCUUGCCUACUGGUUAACUUGGAAGAUUCGGGUUCACCCAUGCUGGCGGAACGUGCUCAGCAUAUGUCUCGACCUAGCUCACUACAAACUUCCGACCGACAGAGUUUGUUACGAUAUUUUGGACUUCCGUUGGAUAUCUUUGGCCAAGAUGCCUUUUUUCAACCAUAUUUACCCCUGCAGCAAAUCGAUAUGUUGAAGGCCUCAACAUUUUUAGUCGGGACUACAAAUACAAUCUUUCAACAACAACGUGAUUGUCAUAUUGAUGCUAUUGCCAAUAUUGAGCUUGCCACACUUGAAUUCAAGGAUCCGAAACUUGCAAGCUUGGUAGCUUUGACACCGGCGGAUAGGAAGUGGAUGGACGAGGUUCGAUCUUUUGUCUUUGAUCAUAAUGCACUCUAUGAUCGGCACAUUAACGCCAAGUCUGGCUUUCAGCUUAUAGCUGCUGUAGAUUCGUCAUGGAACCCUGAAGACCCUUCCAGGCCGAUAGGAAAUAGAUUUGUUGGAAGUGAUGACUAUCUAAGGCGGGAAUUUGAGGGGCCCAGUGUCAUGUUGGCCAACAGUGAUUCCGCAAGUGCCAGCGUAGCCGCGUUCAAUGAGCAGUUCAUCCAUAGUUUCAAGACUACCUGCGCAUUCCAGUUAUGGGACCGCAAUACAGAUAGCGUCAUCUUCGAUCUUAUUGACCCACGUCAUCCAUGUGAGGGUCGCGUCUCAGUCGUCGAGGACGUAGGUAUCAGGCUCACGCACGGUUUCAAGGACCUCAAACUAGACGAGACUCUUUCAAAAGGUUCAGAAAGUGUUUGGCGGCUGGCAACAAGUAUCAAAACUGAUAUUGCCAAGAGGCAGGCAGAAUAUCGAGACAAGCUUGGAACUGCAAACAAUACUGCAACCUCGGUUCCAAGCGGUGGGGAAGAUCAACCUUCCAAAAUAUUACCUUCGCCAGAAACUGUUGACGCUAGUACCUCUAAUAGUGAAAAAGGAAACGAUUCGGCAGCUCAACCCACCCCACGAGCGUCAUUGGCAACCACCUUCAGUUCCUUUCUGUUUGGCAAUUCUACCUCGUCUGCCAAACCGUCAAGACCACCUUCUGUCAGUUCAAGCAGCUCACAAACCGUACCGGCGGUACCACAAGAUACACCACCUUCACCUUCGAUCAGUACUUUCUUUAGGUAUAGCUAA